UUAUCAAUCACUUUCUUUCUUCACCUUUUCCUUACUUCCCCCCAGGUUCCCUGUUGGAACAAUGUCAACAUCAAUGACGGGUGGUGGCUUUGGAGAAAGAAAACAAGCGAGGAAGCCAGCACAAGCAAGCUCGAGAAAAGGGUGCAUGAGAGGAAAAGGUGGUCCAGAAAACGCUCUCUGCACUUACAAAGGUGUGAGGCAGAGAACUUGGGGUAAAUGGGUUGCUGAAAUUCGUGAACCGAAUCGUGGUGCUCGUCUUUGGCUUGGAACUUUCGACACUUCUCAUGAAGCAGCAAUGGCUUACGAUGCUGCCGCACGCAAACUCUAUGGCUCGGAUGCCAAGCUCAAUUUGCCUGAAUUAUGUGCCAACAACCCUCAGUCUCAACCUUCUUCAGCAGCUAAUCCUCAGAUGGCUCCGAUGGUGAAUUACCAACCCCAAAACGUGAGCAAUUCAGUGUACAACAAUGACUCCUCAGUAACGCCUUCUUUCCCCAUCGAGAACAUUGAUCUUCAAGGGAACGUGGACGCAAAGUUUGGACAGAUUACAGAAGAUGGAAUUGAGGGGUUCUGGGAAAAUAUGAACGCCAACUUGCCUCUUUUAGACGACUCCAUUUGGGCUGAAACUGCUAUGUCUUUGGAAUUUCCAAUGAUGGGUGAUCCAGGCAGUUUCGCUAGCAACCUUAUGGAAGCAACUGGUUGGGACGCUUUGCAAUCCCCAUGGUGCAUGUAAAUUUUAAAGCUAAACUAAGCUAAGCUUAACUAGAUGCUGUUAAGAUAAAUGGUACGUCAAAGUCACAAGAAUACUGUGCAUAAAUGUGUAUAUUAUAUAGAAUAUAUAUAGAAUAUAUGAGCUUCCUACUGUCUACGCUCUAUAUCCAUGAAAACUACAUAGGGUACGUUUUCUGUGGUUUAUAACGUGGGUCGGAGUUUUUAACUAUUCUUAUUUUUAUUUUAUUUAUGUUUCUCUAAGUAUCAAUCACGUCCUGUUUCCAGCCUAGCCAACCAGCUUCUAUGUUCAAGUGAAAGGUUUUGUGAAAAGAACAAAUAUGUGUACAUGUGCGACAUAUGUUUUGUCGUAGAAUAAAUUCGAAAACAGAAAAUCUUACGUUGUCCACCAAUAA